GCAUGGCCCUCUUCAACCCACGUAUACUCGACGCCAGCAUCCGCGAUGUCAGCGCCUGCCUGACCGACCGCCAAAAAGCGGCAGUCCUCCUGUGCGCACUCCAGCAUCUCCCCUCCGAUAGCGACAGGUAUCGCACGACGGUUGAGAACGCUAUCCAAUCCAUACUCUUGACGCCCGGUCUUCCACUGGAGAACAUCUCUGCGGCGCAUAUACUCCGUGCAAAGGCACGGAUUGCGGCGGGCUUCCGCACCUCUGCGCAGCAAGACUUGCUCACUGUCAUGGCUUAUCAGCCCGAGAACGGAGAGGUGCAGGAUAUCAUCGACGCCGAGCAUAUGCGUCCCGACAUGCUCCUGAGGGAGCCAGACCGACCACCUCGAUUUUCAGUCGAAAUAUGGCUGGAAAUUGCGCGAUUCCUGCCUCGACGAGACCUCAAGACGCUUCUCCGUGUCCCCAAUGUCCUGUCGCGGAUUGCCAGUCAGCUGCUGUUCUCAGAAAUAGACCUCCACUUCGCUCUGCAGGCUGUCACUGAACAUCCCGAUGGCUCUUCAACGGUCAACGACGUGGAGAACCCCGUGGAAGAGCUCGAAGCGUGGCACUUCAGACGCAGUGCCGACAUCCUCGCCCGUAUCCUGGUGGAUUGCAAGUUCUCCAACCAAGUCAAGAGCUUGAGAGUGUACUUCCCCGCUGAGCAGACGGAACCUAUUGCGUUCCAGAAGCGGAUGCUAAUAAACGCCCUGCCAAAGCUACACAAUCUCCGCAAGAUGCAUUGUGCUGGGGGGAGGGAGAUGCUUCAGAAGGUGACGAAUGCUCUGUACUCUUACCACCCACGUCUGCAGAGCAUAUCGCUCAACAUCACGGACAGAAACGGUGGAAUCGACAUGCCGCCUUUCAAGCACCUAGUCCACUUCUCAGUACUGACCGAGAACGGCAACGUACACGGCACUGAGGACUUCCUACAGCAAAGCCAAGAGACGCUCCGUGCCCUCGCGUUCGGCAACGACACCUGGUGCUUCCCCGCCACCGCUGUCUCCGUACGGCAUCUUUCUGUCCUUGACAUCAACGCAUACUUCCCCUCUGGAAGUACCGUCUUCUCCGAGAUCCUACAUGAGGGUCGUCAGCUCGAGACCCUGUCGCUAUGCGGUACUAUGGACCUGCAUUGCACGCCUUCAGCGGCAUUCAGGAAGUAUAGCAAUGCGCUGCCGUUCCUGCGUCACUUCUCGUUCAAGAUCCAUGGUCUGCAGCAGGGCCCGACGGCCGACAGGGACCUUGCGCCCGCCAUCUGCAACUUCCUCCGUGACCGUGCCGACUUGCGCACGUUCCAUCUAAAGAUGCCGCGAUCGGAGGUUCUGCAGCGCAGCGUCGGGUUCGAUGCAUCUGCCUGGGGCGUGCUUCCCUCCUUGACCGGCCUGAAGAGCUUGUGGAUCACGUAUCCCAAGGAGCUCGCACCUUCCCUGGCUGGGUGGCUGGUCCCGCGGAGCGUGGCUGCGCUGACUCUCGACUUCCUCCGACCGGAUGAUGAGGACAUGAUCCCCUUCUUGACCCAAAUGCGUCUAGGCGCCCCUCCCAAACUGACUUACAUCGGCAUGACCAACUUCUCCAAGCGCAACGGUGCGCUAGACAUCGUGGAGCAUGGCUUCACCACCGCCCGAGUGGUCCGCAUCGGAGGGUCUUACUGGACCGUCGUGCAGGAUUCAGACGGAAGUUUCUCUCUCGAGGAGUGGCCGGAGCGGCGCAUCGAGUUCCGAGCGGUGGAGUGGCUGCAGUCGCUCGACUGCGCAGACGCGGUGUGGCCAUCCCAGGCUUCAAAAGGCUUCUGGGGAUGAAUGCCAACGUCUAAUUUCUUUCAUCGCUUCCUUUGAAUUUGGAGAUCUCGUGGUUAUAUGGACAUUGCAAUCGCGCUUAAGCUCGCCCGGAAAACCUAGUCAUGAUGCAUGAUGACCUGCAUGGCCAACGUCUCAGUGUAUUUUUAAUGCAUCAUAUAGUAUCUCACUUACCUUCAAUUCCAAACCCGCUCACGAGUAACCAACGCCGC